UUUAGGAUCCGCGCGCACCGACGGACCUACCGAGGAGCGACCGGCCCGGAGCAGCGCUUCCCCGCACGGCUCCGUGUGCGUGUGUGCGUGUCUCUCUCCCCCUGUCUCUGUCCUAUCCGUUCGGUACCGGGGGUGGGGUGGGGGGGGUCUUCCGUGUAUAGAUGUAGGCAGCAACCUGAUCUCAGUGGGAGACUGUGUUGUCGCCUGUGCGCCAUGGAGGACUGCUGUUCCCCGGAAAGCGAAAGGAUGGAAGCGUGGCUGGACGACCACUUGGAGUUCACCCACUCCUACUUUAUCAGGAAGGCGUCAAGGGAGAUGGUGAAUGCCUGGUUCGCUGAGCGUGUCCACACCAUCCAGCCAUCUGCCUCCAAAGAAAAUCCUCCACAGCAGCGGACCCACCAGUCCUCCAUAGACUCUAACCCCCACUCUGCCUCCACCUCCACUAUCCUCCCACCCACCCUCAGUCUCCUGGACAACCGCUGCCCAUCCCCUGCCACGGUCCCCAGCCCGGCCCCUGGCACCCCAACUCGUAAAAUCUCAGCGUCAGAGUUUGACCGCCCACUCAGACCCAUUGUGGUGAAAGACUCAGAGGGCUCGCUCACAUUUCUUACUGACGCUGAUCGUGAAACUGUUCCUUUGCGGGGUCCGGUGAUGGGUGAGGGUGGUGUUAUUGGAGGAGGAGUAAGUGGGAGUAGUGGGGCAGGUAGUGGCAGUGGGGGUGACCGCUGUGCCAGGCUGCUGGAACUGGUGAAGGACGUUUCCAGUCAUCUGGAUGUGACAGCACUCUGCCACAAGAUUUUCCUCCACAUCAAUGAGCUAAUCGCCGCAGACCGCUACUCGCUGUUCCUGGUGGGCGAGGACAGCUCCAACAGGAAGUUCUUGGUCAGCCGCCUGUUCGACGUGGCUGAAGGGUCUACGCUGGAGGAAUCCUCCAGUAGCUGCAUCCGGCUGGAGUGGAACAAGGGCAUUGUGGGACAUGUAGCAGCCACAGGACAGCUGCUCAAUAUCAAGAACGCUUAUGAGGAUCCCAGGUUUAACGCAGAGGUCGACCAGAUCACUGGUUACAAAACCCAGAGUAUCCUUUGUCUGCCCAUCAAGAACCACAGAGACGAGGUGGUCGGGGUCGCUCAGGCGAUCAAUAAGAAAUGUGGGGAAGAUGGUGCAUUCACUGAACAGGAUGAAAAGGACUUCUCAGCCUAUUUGGCCUUUUCAGGCAUCGUCCUGCACAACGCUCAGCUCUAUGAGACGUCGCAGCUUGAAAACAGACGCAAUCAGGUGCUGUUGGACCUGGCCAGUCUGAUCUUUGAGGAGCAGCAGUGUCUGGAGGUUUUACUGAGGAAGAUUGCAGGAACCAUCCUGUCCUUCAUGCAGGCCCAGGCAUGCACUGUCUUCAUCGCUGAUGAAGACUCCAUGAAUUCUUUCUCCAGUGUCUUUCACAUGGAAUACGAGGAGCUGGGUGAUGUCCUCGAUGCUCCCAAAAGGGACUGUGAUGUCAAUCAGAUUAACUACAUGUAUGCUCAGUAUGUUAAAAACACCAUGCAGCCUCUCAACAUCACAGACGUCACCAAGGAUCAACGUUUCCCUUGGACAAGUGAAAACCCAGAUCACACCAACAACCAGAUAAAGAGUUUGCUCUGCACUCCUAUAAGGAACGGGAAAAAGGACAAAGUCAUAGGUGUGUGUCAGUUGGUGAAUAAGAUGGAUGAAGCAUCGGGCAGCGUGAAGGCCUUCAACAGGAAUGACGAGCAGUUCUUGGAGGCUUUCGCCAUCUUCUGCGGCCUCGGCAUUCAGAACACACAGAUGUACGAAACGGUGGAAAGGGCCAUGGCCAAACAGGAGGUCACUCUGGAGGUCCUGUCAUAUCACGCCUCGGCAGCAGAGGAAGAAUCGCGGGAACUCCAGGUAACCGUGAUAAAUACAGUUCCGUCGGCACAGUCAUUGCGUCUUCUGGACUUCAGCUUCAGUGACUUCGACUUAUCGGACACUGAGACCACGCAGGCGACCAUCCGCAUGUUUGUCGACCUCAACCUGGUCCAGAACUUCCAGAUGAAGUACACGAGUUUAUGCCAGUGGAUUCUGAGUGUGAAGAAGAACUACAGGAAGAAUGUGGCAUACCACAACUGGAGACAUGCUUUUAACACCGCCCAGUGCAUGUUUGCUCUCCUCAAGUCAGGACGCCUGCAGAAUAAUCUGAAUGAUCUGGAGGUCUUGGCUCUGAUGAUUGCAACUCUUUGCCAUGACCUGGACCACAGAGGAGUGAACAACUCCUACAUACAGAGGAGUGACCACCCACUGGCCCAGCUCUACUGCCAUUCCACCAUGGAGCAUCAUCACUUUGACCAGUGCCUCAUGAUCCUUAACAGCCCUGGAAACCAGAUCCUGAGCAGUCUCUCCCUGGAUGAGUACAAGACCACUCUGAAGAUGAUCGAGAGGGCUAUUCUGGCCACCGACCUUGCGCUGUACAUGAAGAGGCGAGGGGAGUUCUUUGAGCUCACCAAGAACAGCCAGUUUGUUUGGGAGGAUGAGCAUCACAGAGACUUGCUGAGGUCGAUGCUGAUGACCGCAUGUGACAUAUCAGCCAUCACCAAGCCCUGGCCGGUGCAAAAAAGGAUUGCGGAGCUGGUGGCCACAGAGUUUUUUGAACAGGGGGAUAAAGAGAGGGAAGAGCUGAACAUUGAGCCCAGUGACCUAAUGAAUCGUGAGAAAAGAGAUAAAAUUCCCAGCAUGCAGGUGUCCUUUAUUGAUGCCAUCUGCACUCAGCUGUAUGAGACCCUGGCUGGCAUGUCGGAGUAUUGCUCCCCAUUGUUGGAAGGAUGUCAGAAAAACCGGCAGCAUUGGAAGCACUUAGCAGAGGAGUGUGAGAAAGGAAUCGUCAAUGGCUUGGUGUGACCGCAUCAACAUUUUGGCAUCUACACCAACACCAUUUUCUUUUUUCUGUCCAGCCUGGUCUCACAAAAGUUCAUGAAAUUAGCAUGACAUCUAAAAACAGUGAACAAAAAAGGCUUUAUUUAACAUUAAAUUCAGGCUUAGAUUUUUAUGACACAAGGUUACCCAAACCUGAAAGACUAAAACUUUGACCUGGUCAUAUCUUCUGGAGUUCAUUUGUAACCUUUCUCUCAGACUACUUUAAAGUUGCCUCAUUGGAUCUGAUAUCAUAACUGACCCUUCGCCACAGUUCUGUUGGUGGUGUGUUGUUUUCAGCACUUAUCAAUGAGAUAUUCCGGAAAAAAAAAGUAGCAUUUUUGUAAUAAUAGUCCUGAAAUUUUAAAAGAGGGGACUAUAAAAUGCACUUGAGAGCGACACUGACAGUAUAAUUUGACAAAUAAGAACUCUGUUUGCUCGAAGUAAAAUGCUAAUGCUAGCUAUCUUAGCACUGAGUUGAAUUUUGAUUAAAGGUUGCUUACAUUUGCAGAUGUAUUUGGUAGUUCAGUCCUAUUUAAGGCUGAAUAAAUGUAUACCAAGUAAUAGAAACAUGAUCAGCUUUCCUAGUUAGCAUCUUAGUUGGGAGCAAACCAGUUUUAAGGCCUGCACAUACUUUGGACGAAGAGAGAAAUUAGUUCUUUUUUUUUUUCGAGGUGGCAGGAACAAGAACAACAUUAAUUCUGGCCGAUUUUAUACUAAACUAAGCACCAAACUCAUGGGAAGUCCAGUUUUCUGCAUUAACCACACCCACUUCCAUUUCUGACCAAUCACACAAUAGUUGUUGGACACCACACAAGAAAAAAGUUCUGCUCAGAUGACAUGUCGAGAAUAAACUGCAAGAACUCCCAAACCAAGAAUGACUUCAUUGUGUUCUCACUGCUCUAGUGGAGAACAAAUUUCUGUGUUCUUGCAGAGUUUGCACCGACCUUUAUAAAUUCCUGUUAAAUUGGGAAUAUACAUCUGAUAUUUUAGAAACAUUGUUCUUUCCUUUGAAGUAUCUCAUCUACAUCUGACUGAUCCUUUAGUUACUAUAAUGUCAUAAUGUACAGAUAAACUCCUGUCAUAAGUUCUCAGUCAUCCUCCAACUAAAAAACAGACAUUAUUUCUUAGUCUGUCUAUAUGUGUCCAAGUCAAUAAGGACAUUUUCAGUCUAGAUAGUAUUACAUGUAAGAUCUAGAGCUCUCCCACACUGUUUAAUCUGUACGUAUUUCCCUUCAGAGAUUAUAAAACACACCCUUCUGAACUUGCUGUCAGAUUUGCAGGUUGCAUAUGCACACUGCCUCAGCAUUUUCACUUGUUCGGAAAGCUUUGACGGGCCUCACAUUUGGACCUCAGGGCUCAGCGAAGGCUCAGUUUGAACCAUCAGAACUGUUUCUUGGUGUCAACAAUUAAGAAAUAAGUGAUCAAUACACUUAAAGGCAAAAAACUAUCAAAUAAAAUCAAACAGGUAGGAAACAAGCAGUCACCUUAAUUGAACAUGAGCUUAGUUUUGAGCCAGUUUCCCACCCUGAAAACCCCAGAAAGAUCCAAGUUCCAUAGUCCUUGUGUCCGAUGUCAUGCUCAUUUCUCCAACCUGUGAGACCCGUCUUCCUGUCAUCACUGUUCUUUCAUAGCUGUCACUCAACAGAGACAAUAACAAAGUCAGCACUAAGCUAUAUUUAUUACCAUAGCCAUUUUUAUUUUUGCACAGAGUGGCUUUCAUCCUGAAGUUCACAUCCACUAUCUCACACAGGUAGUGAAUUUUAGCGGGACACUGAAUGGUAACACAUGGAUUCCUCGUGCCCCAGGGAUCAGCGCCAUGACAGAGUGAGACAGAUCGUGUAUUUACUAUAUACUUUAAAUAGUGUCACCAUAUUCUUAAUAAGCUUGUUCAACGUCUUUGUUCACAGCGCACACACUACAAGGGUUUGAGUCUUUUGUAACAUUUUUCACUCAUUGUCUUAACUAUUGCAUAUUUAUUUUUGUUUUAUAUAUUUAUUAGAGUUUCUAUAUUGUAAGGUCAUUCUCUUGUCAAGAGCACACAGUUCUUUAUAUAGGAAAUGCAGUUUUCACCUGUUUUUUGAAGGACCUUUCCUAGGAACAACUCUUUAACGUGACAGUUGAAAUGUACUGUAUUGUUUGUUUUUCUUCACCAUGUAAAAGAGCCAAAGACUGGGCCUGUAAUUUCACAGAAAAUGGGUCUAGAUUUUUCCACUGCCUUGUUGUGAUAAAAAAAAAAAAGGACCAAUAUACGAUUAAAAGAAAACCCCUAAUUUAUUUGUCCACAUCUCUUUAACUUCCCCCCCUUUUUUACACCAUAUUUUUUAUAAAUUGAGUGAUGGAGUAAUAGUUGCUAGAAAACUGACCAAUUUGUCUUGUGAUUUAUUUAUGAUUUCACACAGGUAUCAGCGACAAGAAACAACUGAAAACAAAACAUUAAGAUGGAUCACAGUUGAGCUGCAACUAAUACUGUAAUACAAACUGGAUUUUGAGUUAAAUUUACAACAAAAAAACAAAAAAUCAAUUCACCUCCUGCAACGUCAGGUUUAAUUUCAGAGGCCUUUCAUGCAUCAUCAGUACAGUCCAUUCAUAUAUUUGCAUCAAUUCUUACCAUAAACUAAGGUUUUCUUUUCAAACACUUACUGCUGUUUAAAGGUUUUGUCAAACAAAGUAAAAGA